AAGCAAUAUGCAUUGUUGUCGUUAAGGGGUACGAAAGAGGAUUCUUUUACCAAACUUCCGGCGUAUUGUCACAACUUGGCCAAACAUAAUCCGGGUACUGUCACACAUAUUAAAACAGAUGCUGAUGAUCGGUUUGAGUUUUUGUACGUCGCACUCGGUUGCUCGGUACGAGCUUUUGUCAAUUUUUGUAAGCCGACCCUAGUAGUAGAUGGAGCUCACCUAAAGGGCGAGUUCAAAGGUACCAUGCUACUUGCAGUUACUAAGGACGGACAAAAUCAAAUAUUACCGGUUGCAUAUGGUAUAUGCAAAAAUGAGUGUACUGAUUCUUGGACAUGGUUUUUUCAAAAACUACGUGAUUACAUAGGAAAUAUGCAGGAGCUUACAAUUAUAUCUGAUAGGUCUCCAUCUAUAGCAACAUCCGUUGCCAACAUUUUUCCUCACGCUCAUCAUGGAAUAUGUGGUGUCCAUUUGUAUUUCAACAUAGUAUCUAGAUUCGGCAAGAGUAAGACGGUUAAAGGAAUUUUUUGGGAGGCGUGUAGGGCGUACACAGUUGAUGCUUUUGAUGCUGCCAUGGAUGUUAUGAAAAAGACAAAAGAACCAGUAUGGGAGUACUUAAAAAGUAUAAAUCCAGAAACCUGGUCAAGGGCACAUUUUAAAGGGAACCGAUACAAUCUUAUGUCGUCCAACAGUGCGGAGUCUAUAAAUGCAUUAUCUAGACACGCACGUAAGGUGCCAAUACUUAUGUUGAUUGAUUUUUUUCGUGCUACAAUGCAACAAUGGUGGUUUCAAAGACGUAACUUUGCAGCGGAAGCAACAACAACACUUACCCCUUGGGCGGAUGAAGUUGUAAAAGAAAACAAGAAAAAUUUUACCAAAUGGGAUGUUCGCAUGAUCUCAAAUACGAAAUGCGAGGUCAAAAAGGGGGGCACAAAAUGUGAUUGUUGAUUUUCAACAUAUGACAUGUACAUGUAGGCAUUGGCAACUUGAUGGGAUACCUUGUGGUCAUGUCAUAAGAUGUUUAACAGUGAA